AUGAAGUUCCUAGCCUUGUUCAUCUCUUUGGAGCUCUUAUGCUUCGCCUACGCUCAGGAUACAAAAUUGUCCGAAGAACGCAAACUAAUCUCAUACGAAACAAAAGUCUUCCACAAAAUCCCCGAGCACACCAUAGUGGAGGAAAAAAUCGAAGAACUGAAAAAGAUUUCCCCAAUCGAGAAGAAAGAAACGAUCGUUGAGGAAAAGUCAUCCGGCCCGAGCUAUGAGUUCGGUUACGGCGUGAAAGAUCCAAUCAGCGGCGAUCAUAAAGAUCAGUGGGAAAAGCGGCAGGGUGAUCAUGUGAAGGGAGCGUAUCGAUUUGACGAGUCCGAUGGUACGCAGCGCAUUGUGGAGUACGAAGCAAGCGGCAAGAAAGGGUUCGAAGCGACGGUUAAGAACGUUGAGAAGAAGGUGGAAGGCACCGAGGAAGAUCCGUCGAUCGUUGAAAAGAAGAAGCAGGGCAAGGUGGCUCACAGUUACAGCUAUCUGAAGAGAACUGGCCACUAA